UUGGAAAAGAUACGCACAGUUCAGGACUCAACCAGAGAGGAGAAGCGCAAAGGGCGAGAAGAAAAUGAUCCAGAGGAGACGGUAAAAGGAGAAGCACCGGGAGGAGGAAAGGAGAGAAGAGGAGCACAGACAGGAUCUGCGAGGAGGCGACAUCGAAGAGAAGACACGCUCACAUCAGAUAAAAGGCUUCCAUCCGAGUGACUGCGCUUGGAGGAGAAUAAUCGAAGCAGAGAACCAACUUUUACGCACAAACAUCUGGAGAUGCGGGGUUUCGUUCCUGCUGUCUAACUGCGAUUUCUGUAUGAAAGCAGGGAACUGGAAUAUUUUUGGACUGGAAUUCAUUCCGAUCCUGCAGAUGAGGGCGCAUCCAGUACUUGGACACAUUCAUUUUUAAAAUCCAAUUUGGAGACGUUAUUAUUAUUAUUAUUAUUAUCUGGGACUCGCAUCAUAUCGGGACCUUGCGUCCUCGCGCUGCAGGGAAAAUGUGGAGCUGCAGCCUUCUUAUACCAUAAAACCGUGCGUUACGCACCUGUCCCGCGUACGUCCUCCUGUUGUGACUUCUGAAUAACUGCGCGCAUGGACCGAGUCAGACGUCUAGUCUGCGCCUGAGUCACCGUGCGUAAACAUUUGGACAAGCGACGCGUAUAAAGCAGUGACACACUUGCUGGGGUUGUUGAGCGUCUGGCACCAGCGGGGGACGAGGCUCGGUGCGGCCGCUGGAUUGGACGCUGCGGUGCUAAAUGCCCAGCCGGUCGCUUGCGGCUCCUCAGGCUGGGCGGCGACAUGAGGUCCUGGUUCCUGUUGCUGCUGCUGGCUGCGGUGUCAGCAGUCCGUCUGCGGCUCGGCAGUGCUGAGGGGGAGCCGCUCCCUCCUUCGUUGGUCAAGCUGGUGAGGAACUCCCCCAUCUCGUCUGUGGAUGACCUGAAGCUGCUGCUGCAGCAGAUCAGCGCAAUAGAAGAAGAAGAAGAAGACGAGCAUGAUAUUGUCCCAAACCGUACCCACGGCCGAUACCCCAGAAGUCUCAUGAACAUACCGGUGGCUCAGCCGGCGGCGUGCAAAAUUCGGACAGAGGUGAUGGAGGUGACGAGAUCCAUGGUGGACCGCCGCAAUGCUGACUUCUGGGUGUUUCCGCUUUGCGUGGAGGUGCAGCGCUGCUCCGGCUGCUGUAAUGCCAGGCAGAUGCAGUGCGUCCCCACUAACACCUCCAGCAGAUACCUGCAGGUGAACAAGAUCCACUUCAUAAACAGGAAACUUCAGUAUGACAAAGCCAUCAUCUCUGUUGAAGACCACGUCAGCUGUCGGUGCCAGGCUCCACUAUCUCCUUCCUCUGCUGCAAUCCCUCGUUCCUCUGUGCACGUGAACCCAAACCCACCUCCUGCUCCAUCAUUGCACCAUCUUCGGCCCUUGCUUCCUGCUCCGCCCAAGACUCACGCCUACAAGGCGGACCUCCAUCGCCAUGAUGAUCUGAAGCACAACCAGCAGCACCGUCACCCUGAGGACCGCGAUCCAGCAGCGAGGCAGUGGCAGCAGGGCACGUACACCCACCUGGUGCACUGGGUGCAGCCGAGGGUGCACCAGGUGCCCGGGCGGGUCGGAACACUUGGAACGAGUAGCAGUUGGCCAUCAGAGGCGAGGGCAGAGCACAGUGUGAUGGGAGGGCCCCAACAUGUUCCAAGGGAAGGUGCACAAGGGAGUGGGAGCACAGAGGAAGGGAGUGUGCACGUGUCAAAGAGCGGUGCCAAAACGCAUCACGCUGAUCACGCGCAGAGGCAGCAUCACCAUCAUCAUCAUCAGCUGCACCAGCAGGUUAACCACGGCCAGUCAGCGGGCGACCAAGAGCUCAGGACACAAUAUCGACUCCACACUCCCCAAUCAGACAGUCCACUCCCGCACAGCACCCCUACCCAGACACCCGCUGACAAACCAGAACUAAAGCCCCGCCCUCUUGCGCCCGCUAACCAGAAAGACUCAGCAGACGGCAUGAACGGUCAAAACCAAACAGUAUUUACAAAUCACAAACAAAUACAAACUGAAGGAGGUGGACACAAAGGUCCGAACGAGAGGGAGGAGUCCGGCUCGGCCAACAGUGGUGACACCCCCGGGCCAGAGGCCGCCAGUCAGGGACAAGAAAAAGACUCUAAAGUGAGUGGGGAGGGCAGUUUAAUGGAAGAGGAGAGGAGAGAGAAACUUCUGGAGAUGGUACAGAAGGAAGCAGAUCCGCAGAGUCUUCUUCAUCCCCAUCAUCCUCAGCAAAGACCAAAGCCGACCACAUUUAAAACAGUCCUUUCUACGGCGGUUCCUGGCUCACCCUUGGCCCAUCAGACACCAUUCCGCCCUGCCUCGCCCCGCCGCAGGAGGAAACACCGCAAGCGCAUCAGCAAAGCCACCAUCCGAGCCAUGAUUAUGUAGAGCUGCAGGCAGUGGGAAAACUAUGCUGAUGUUUGUGCCCACGGCUUGCAGGCAAGACGGAGGAACCGGAAAACUGCGAUUGUUGAAAGCGGCACAUUGUGGACAGGUGCUGGAGGAUCCACCGCUUAUGGCCACAGCUUUUAACCGGCUCACUCAGGAGGACGGCAAACUGUCGGCCACAGAAUGUCCAGCCUCACUGGAUGGGAUUUAAGUGCAAUCUUGUGGAUGUCUUUGACUUUCCACACUAAACCCGGGACAUAAAAGAACCAUAAACCCCACUCAACGGGAUCAACGGAAGCUUAUCAGACGCCCGGAGCAGCUACACUGCAGUUAGCAGCCAGUGAUUGGCUGUUUGACGGGAGCCUAACUACUGACGGGUCUAACUGGAGAACACUAGGAUGACUUGGUCUAGAAAAGGUGGCGUUGAAACUGGUGUUCGAGUUGACUUUAGAGUGAAAAUUCUGAUGCAGGCAACUGGAUUUCUACACUGGGAUGACAACUGGAACUGGAGACUGAUGUAUAAAGCCCCCUUCUCGCUUUCAUGGAUAUAUAUCCGUUUAAGCCCGUGGUUUGGAACCUUGUCCC